GGUAAAUUAACGAUCAUCUUCUUAACUUGAGCACAGCAAACUUCCUUGAAGCUUGCGCCCAUGGAUAUAGUUCUCCCAUCGUACGCAGAGCUCCUCCUCCCCACCAUCCUCUGCUUCAUCUUCCUGCUCUACCUCCACGGCCGCCGGACCCCUCCAGGCAAACUCACCAACUGGCCCAUCGUCGGCAUGCUACCGGGUCUUGCCGUCAACCUCCACCGCCUCCACGACUUCGCCACCGACAUCCUCGGCCCCUCCGGCUGCACCUUCCUUUUCCUCGGCCCCUGGUUCUCCGGCAUGAAGUUGCUCGUCACGUGCGACCCCGCCAACAUCAACCACAUCUUCAACGUCAACUUCCACAACUACCCCAAAGGCCCCGAAUUCUCGGAGAACUUCGAUAUCUUCGGCGACGGCAUCUUCAACGCCGACCACGAGUCGUGGAGUAGGCAGCGCAAGAAGGCUCAGCUCCUCAUAACACAACCCCGCUUUCUCGCCUUUGUCACACUCUGCAGCCGCGACAAAGUUGACAACUUUCUUCUUCCCCUGCUCCGGCAACUCAGCGAGCAAAACAAGAUUGUUGACCUCCAAGAUGUGUUUUUGAGAUUUUCAUUCGACAUCACCUGUAUGCUUGUGUUUGGCAUCGACCCCGCCUCCCUCUCCCCGGAUUUCACCACCGUGCCAUUCGCCAAGGCAAUCGACGAGGCCAUGGCCGCAAUCUUGCACCGCCACGCAGUUCCGCCUCCAUGGUGGAAGCUCAUGAGGCGUCUCAAAUUGGGGAGGGAAAAGAAGCUCGCUGAUGCGUGGUGUGUCAUUAACGAUUUUAUAGCAGAGAGCAUAAAGAAGAGGAAGCAGGAUAGUAACCUCGCCGUCGCCGACUCUUUAAAUGACAGUCUCCUUACGGCCUACAUCAACGAUGACUCCGCGGCCGACGACAGUUUCCUAAGGGACACGACGUUGAGCCUCAUGAUCGCCGGAAGGGACACAAUCGGAGUGGCUCUCGCGUGGUUCUUCUACCUCCUUUGCAAGAAUCCAGACAAGGAGGCGAAGUUGGUGGAGGAACUGAGACACGGCGGCUCCGAAGAGCCGGUGUACCUGCAGGCGGCGCUUUGCGAGGCUCUGCGUCUGUACCCACCGGUGCCGUUCGAAUCGAAAGGGGUGGUGGAGGCGGAGAGUCUGCCGAGCGGGCAGAGGGUGGAACCGGGGACUCAGAUUCUGUUCUCUAUAUACACCAUGGCGAGGAUGGAGGGGGUAUGGGGGAAGGAUUGCUCAGAGUUCAGACCGGAGCGGUGGAUAACGGAGCAGGGGAGGGUGCGGCACGAGCCAGCCUAUAAGUUCAUGUCGUUUAACUGUGGCCCGAGGACAUGUUUGGGGAAAGGCCUCGCCUUUGUGGAGCUAAGGGAGGUGGUGAUGGCGGUUGCGAGGGAGUUCAGGAUGGAGAUUGUGGAGGGCCAUGUGGUGGAGCCGAAGUUGUCGAUCAUCCUGCAAAUGAGGAAUGGGCUCAAGGUGAGAGUGAUGAGGAGGGAACCAUAGGGUUAAUUUGUUACUGUGCUUGCUACUAUGAAAAGCACGUCAGUCGACAUGAAUAAGAUGGGAAGACAUUUUACUAUAGUAACAGAGUGUUGUUCUAUUUGUGCAUGUGAAAUUAAUACUUCCAUAAGCAUUUUUACAUUCAAUAGUUGUA